AUGUUUUUAAGAAGUGACCAAGAAGUCGAAGAAAUCCAACAUUAUUUUAAUGAAAUAAAUGAAAGGAUUUCUCAACAAGAAAAUGCGAUUAUAAUUAUUGGUAACCCAGGAGAGGGGAAAAGUACAUUAUUGGGCUAUUUAACCGGAAUUCCUCUGCUCAGUAAAGAAGAUGAAUUUGGUGAUUAUAUUAUUAAGUCUGAUAAUUCAAACGGUAUACUUAUCAGCGAUAAUACUGUUUCACAGACUUCUUUACCAAUUUGCCGAGAAGUAUAUUGGGAUUGCCCCGGUUUUGAAGAUACACGGGGUCCUGUACAGAAUAUCGUGAAUGCUUACUCAAUUUAUAAGUUAGUCAAAAGUGUAAAAAGAUUGAAAAUUUUACUCGUCAUUUCUGAAUCUACGAUUAAAAGUACAAGAAAAAAAGAGUUCUUAAAUCUUAUUGAUAACUUGGGUGAAACCUUUAAAAACAUUGAUGAAUUAGUUCAGGGAUUAUGUUUAGUUAUUACGAAAAGCGAUAAACUCGAUACUAGAAAAGUAAGCAACUGUUUCCAUAGAAUUCUUGAAGAAUAUGAUAAUCAAGAAAGUUUUAGUCAAUCUAAGAGAAAAAUACUUAAUUUUUUAUCCUCUUCUAAAAGUCAAAUAGUUUUUUUUAACGCACCUCAUAAAAAAGAUCAAAAUAUUUCUGAUACGGACAAAAUUUUAAUCUUAGAGGGUAUAGAAAAGACUUCUUAUUUGGAGAAUCUAGAGCCUAGUAUUUUAUUGGAUGAUAAAUCAAAACCUUAUAUUAAUGACCUAGUCGAACGAUUCUAUGGUGACAUAAACAAUUAUAUUGAGCAAAAGUUUUAUCCAGCGAUUCAAAACUACUUUGGAGCGUUAAUAGAUACUCAUAUAGGCACUGUUAAAGAAUUAAGAAAUUCUUUAAUUGACUUUUAUAACAAAUUUAAAAAUAUAUAUAAUAAUCCAGAAAAGUUUGAAGAAAAUCUUCACCAAAUUUACUUAAUCGUUGAACUUAUGAAAAGAAGUGAUCUUAACGAAGAACUUUCUAAAAAAAUUUCUCUAUUAAAUUUCUUUAAACUCGUUAAACCGGAAUCGCUCGAAAUUAAGGGGAAUACUAGUAGUUGGUAUAAACUUAUAUCUGAGUUAAUUAAGGAGAUAGAUAUACUUAAAUCUUUUCCUAAAGUUCUUAAUCAAGGACAUUUAUUAACACUCGAGGGCAUGAUUAUUGGUACUGAAGAUAUUAAUAUUGCCAUGAAUGAUCAAAAACUAUCAGAAAUAAAUGUAUUUAGCUUGAAUAGCUUAUUUAUUGAUGAGGAUAUAAUUGCACCAGGAAUUAACUUGACAAUAAUAUCUCCUCAAUGGCGUGUUGUGGGCAAAAGAAUAAUCAAUUUAAAAGGUAAUCCUGGCCCUCCACACCCAUCAAAUAAAGCAAAGGAUGGAAUAGGUGAUAAAAUUAAUGAUGAAAUACCCAAGGAAAAAAGCAAUGAUGAACGAAUUAACGAUGAAAAAAUUAUUGAUGAAAUACCCAAGGAAAAAAGCAAUGAUGAACAAAUUAACGAUGAAAAAAUUAAUGAUGAAAUACCCAACGAAAAAAGCAAUGAUGAACAAAUUAACGAUGAAAAGAUUAAUUAUGAACAAAUUAACGAUGAAAAAAUUAAUAAUCAAACAAAUGACGAAAUAUUAACCGUUGAUGGUCAAAAAAUUAAUGGUGAAGACGGCCUACCUGGACUGCCUGGUUAUAACGGAGGAAAUUUUUAUGGCAAAGGGAAUACAUUUUUUAAUAUUUCUUCUCUAACUAUCGAUGUUAGUGGCGGUGAUGGUGGUCAAGGUCAAGAUGGUGGUAACGGUGCUAAAGGAUUUGAUGGAUCUGAUUGCGGAGAGGUUUUUGUAAAAAAUAAAAAUGUUUCGGCUCUUAUAUCAAGGAAAAAAGUAAAUUUAUUUUCAGAUGAAGGAGAAGCUCUCGAUAAAGUAAUAAGAUAUACCGAAAAGAUUGUUAAACUUGUGUUAACCGUUAAUAAUAAACAUGAGGAAAUAUAUGAAUUUUUUGAUCCGGGGCAGAAGGGAGGUGAUGGUGGACGAGGAGGAAUAGGUGGUAUAGGUGGAAGACCUGGAUUUGUGGUACUUAAUAGUUCAUAUAAGUUAUUAGAGAAUCCCAAUAUACUUAAGGAAAGUAAACAAGGUUUAAAUGGAAAAGGGGGAAGACCAGGUCUUGGUGGAAAAAAUGGACAAAAAUAUCGUGGAGUAUACAUUAAUGAAAGAGUAAUACCUGCGAUAAGAGGUUUUAUGGAAUUUGAUUCUAAUCGUGCUAUAUCAAGUGGAUUAUUAGAGGCAACUCGAGCAGUGACACCAGCAGCAUCAUCAGCAACAAUUACAGGUGCUGCAGUAGUAGGUGCUGCAGAAGCUUCGAAAAAGACAUUAUUUGAAAGAAUUUUAAUUGAAAUCGGGUUAAAAAGUAAUCAAGUAAAGCAAGUAGCAUUUAGUGUUCCUGGAGCCUUGAGAGGCUUAAGUAUAACCUUAUCUGCUCAGAGUGCUUUUUCUGUCAUAAGUGCAUAUUUAUCAAGUCAUUGGAAAGAAGCGCCACAUGAAGUAGAUCAUGAUGAACUUGACGAACGUGCUUCUGAAGGAAAUUUACCUGUUGGGUUAAAUGAGAAUAAUAUCAAAACACCUUCAGAUCAACUUUCAUUUGAAACAAGAGAAAAAGAACAAUUGUAUAAGCAAUUUUAUGAUCAAAACGAAGAUUUUAUAUUUAUUAAAGAAUUGUUAUAUUUGGAAAAAGCUGCAUACUAA